ACCAAUCGGACAUAUCUUGAGCGAGGAGGUAAUCAUAUUUAAUACUAUAAAUAAAGAUAUUAUGGUGUUGGUGGGUAAACUUGUGCAAUAAGUUAUGGAGUACUAAAACUCUUCUGAAUAGCAAGGAACUCUAUAUACUUCACAUCUUCCAUUACUCCAAUAUUCUCGCUCAACUCUUCAACUCUCUCUCCCUAUUCCUUUCUUUGAUCGAUUCAUCCAAUCAAUUAUGGCUCACAAUCCUGAAUCUUCUGAUUCAAAGGGAACGAAGAAGGACUUCAGCACUGCGAUUCUCGAGCGUAAGAAAGCCCCAAAUCGUUUGGUUGUAGAUGAGGCUGUUAAUGAUGAUAAUUCAGUUGUUGCGAUGCAUCCUGAUACCAUGGAAAAACUUCAACUUUUCCGCGGUGACACCGUCUUAAUCAAGGGGAAAAAACGUAAAGAUACAAUCUGCAUUGCACUUGCUGACGAGACAUGUGAAGAGCCUAAGAUUAGGAUGAACAAGGUUGUGAGAUCUAAUCUAAGGGUGCGGCUUGGUGAUGUGGUAUCUGUACACCAAUGUCCUGAUGUGAAAUAUGGGAAGCGUGUCCAUAUUCUUCCUAUUGAUGAUACAAUUGAGGGUGUCACAGGAAAUUUGUUUGAUGCAUACCUGAAACCUUAUUUUACUGAAGCCUACCGUCCAGUGAGGAAAGGGGAUUAUUUUCUUGUGAGAGGGGGAAUGAGAAGUGUUGAAUUUAAGGUUAUUGAGACUGAUCCUUCCGAGUUUUGUGUGGUCGCCCCAGAUACCGAGAUCUAUUGUGAGGGUGAACCAAUCAAAAGAGAAGAUGAGAAUAGAUUAGAUGAGGUUGGGUAUGAUGAUGUGGGUGGUGUUAGGAAACAGAUGGCCCAAAUUAGGGAGCUUGUAGAAUUACCAUUAAGACACCCACAAUUGUUUAAAUCUAUUGGUGUCAAGCCUCCUAAGGGAAUUUUGCUCUAUGGACCUCCAGGAUCAGGAAAGACUUUAAUAGCCCGUGCUGUGGCAAAUGAGACUGGUGCAUUCUUCUUUUGUAUUAAUGGGCCAGAAAUCAUGUCAAAAUUGGCUGGGGAAAGUGAAAGCAAUCUUAGAAAAGCUUUUGAGGAAGCUGAGAAGAAUGCGCCUUCCAUCAUUUUUAUUGAUGAAAUCGAUUCAAUUGCUCCCAAGCGAGAGAAAACUAAUGGAGAGGUUGAGAGGCGUAUUGUUUCCCAGCUUUUGACUCUUAUGGAUGGGCUUAAAUCUCGGGCACAUGUUAUUGUUAUGGGUGCUACUAAUCGUCCCAACAGCAUUGACCCUGCACUGAGAAGAUUUGGUCGAUUUGACAGAGAAAUAGAUAUUGGUGUUCCAGAUGAAAUUGGGAGACUUGAGAUUCUCCGGAUUCACACUAAAAAUAUGAAGCUCUCCGAUGAAGUCGAUUUGGAAAGGAUUUCCAAGGACACACAUGGUUAUGUUGGUGCUGACUUAGCUGCCUUAUGUACUGAAGCUGCACUUCAAUGCAUCAGAGAGAAGAUGGAUGUAAUUGAUCUGGAAGAUGAGACUAUUGAUGCUGAGAUCCUUAACUCCAUGGCUGUUACGAAUGAACACUUCCAGACUGCUCUUGGGCAGAGCAAUCCAUCCGCACUCCGUGAAACGGUCGUGGAAGUUCCUAAUGUCUCAUGGGAUGACAUUGGUGGUCUUGAAAAUGUCAAACGGGAGCUUCAAGAGACUGUACAAUAUCCCGUGGAGCACCCCGAGAAAUUUGAGAAAUUCGGGAUGUCGCCCUCCAAGGGAGUUCUUUUCUACGGACCUCCUGGAUGUGGAAAAACUUUGCUGGCAAAGGCUAUUGCUAAUGAGUGUCAGGCUAACUUCAUCAGUGUGAAGGGUCCUGAAUUACUAACAAUGUGGUUUGGAGAGAGUGAAGCUAAUGUUCGAGAGAUUUUUGACAAGGCCCGUGGGUCAGCUCCCUGUGUUUUGUUCUUUGAUGAGCUUGAUUCAAUUGCAACUCAGAGGGGAAGCAGUGUAGGUGAUGCUGGUGGUGCCGCUGACCGGGUUUUGAAUCAACUGUUGACUGAAAUGGAUGGCAUGUCGGCCAAAAAGACUGUUUUCAUCAUUGGAGCCACGAACAGACCGGAUAUUAUUGAUCCAGCUCUUCUGAGACCCGGACGUCUUGAUCAGCUAAUUUACAUACCUCUUCCGGAUGAGGAAUCUCGCUUAUCCAUAUUUAAGGCAGUUCUGAGGAAGUCCCCUAUUGCCAAAGACGUUGAUCUUAGAGCGCUUGCCAAAUACACUCAGGGGUUCAGUGGUGCAGAUAUCACUGAAAUAUGUCAGCGGGCUUGCAAAUAUGCCAUCCGAGAAAACAUUGAAAAGGACAUUGAAAGAGAGAAGAGGAGAAGUGAAAACCCGGAAGCAAUGGAAGAGGACGAUGUAGAAGACGAAGUUGCUGAAAUCAAGGCUGCUCAUUUUGAAGAAUCAAUGAAGUAUGCUCGAAGGAGUGUUAGCGACGCUGAUAUUCGUAAAUAUCAGGCAUUUGCUCAGACAUUGCAGCAGUCAAGAGGAUUCGGCACUGAGUUCCGGUUUAACAACACAAGUUCUGGUGGUACGACUGGUGCAGAUGCAUUUGCUGCCUCAGCUGGUGGAGCUGAUGACGAUGAUCUCUAUAAUUAGAUUCUCUUUGGUUUCCUUUCUAUUUUCACAUUUCUCCCAAUAUAAUACUUUUCUCUAUUUUUAUUUUCAAGAUGACAUUUAUUUAUGUGGUUCAGCCCAUCUUUUUUUCACCUGUGACUGUAGAAUCACAUCCUGAUGUUGGAAUUUUAUUCAAACGUUUAAGUUAAUCUUUAGACGUUAA